AGAGAGCAGAGAGCAGAGAGCAGAGAGCAGAGAGCAGAGGGAGCUGCGCCACACAGCCGUGUAGCGUUAGCUAAACACCGCUGCUCAUCUGAACUAACACCGAACGAGGAGCUGGAGCCUUGAGGCGGGACAAACACCGGAGGAAAGCCCGGCGGACGAUGCACGAGAUGCCGGGUCAACAUGGCAGCUUGAAGUCUAGAAAGAGGAAGAGCAGCUCUGAGGUCAAAAGCCGCGAGAAGGUAUCUCGUUCCAGGAGGAGGUGUAGGAAAAGCUCAAAGUCACACUCAGCAACAGUGAGCAGUUCCUCAGUCAGUGGUCACAGCAAAGCAGUCGGCACCAUGAGUAGUCCCUCCAGCAUCAGCUGUGAGUGCCACCAGUCCCCUGGCAGGAGGAGAUGCUCAGCGUCCCCAGAGCUCGAGGGACAGGAGGGCAAAGAGAACGAGCUGAGGACGGAGCUGGACGUGGACGGCUGCAGACUGAACAGCGACCAGGAGAAACAGGAGCACGAGGAGAUGGAUUAUGAAGAAACUGGCAAAGACAUCUUCCCGGAUGACGACAGCAACCAGAUUCUGCCUGUAGAGCAGUUCUUUGGAAACCUGGAUAUUGUACAGGACUUUCCUGAAGUAUUAUCAGCCACUUCUGCCUCCGUCCAGAGGAAGCACAGGAGGCGACGUUACUACGCCCGAGAGGACAGUGAUGAAGAGGAGACGGACUGCAGCAGGAAGACAGAGGAAGCAUUGAGUGAUGAGUGACAGCACUGCCGACUGAAUGAAGUGAUGUCUGACGAGGGACAUUAAACCUCUCAGCACUAAAGAAAAAGACGCCAAAUGACACUUAAUAUGGAAGGAUUCAGUCCCAGCCUGCUUCCAUCACUGUGUGCUAUAGUGAUGUGUAACAGCUCAAAAUGUUAAACGUCCCACAACCAGUGUUCACUGGUAAUCCUGACUCCAACAGCUUCAGGGCACUUGAUGGUAAAUUUGGAAAUGUCCGUCCACAUGCACAAGAAAUGCCAAGCUGUUUUCUAACCAGAAAAUUUGGGCUGAUUCCUGGACAUUUCAUUUCCAGCACAAUACCAGCACAACAGAGUAGCACUUGUUCCACUUAUUGCUCAAUUUGGGCUCCCACCCUCAGUUGUGUAGGGACUUUACCUGGAGGGUUUGUUGACAGGGUUUCUAUUUAUAUUAAUCUGUCCGCACAAUGUAAUUUAAGAAGACCUUUUCGUUUUAGAUUAACUUUGAGAAACAAAAUACAGUGCUGACUUAAAAAGACCACAUUUUACUCACAAAUCUACAAAAGACAAGGUAUAAAAUAAAGAAUGCAAAAGUCUUCAUGCUCGGAUUUCACACUGUAUGAGUGUGAUGAGGAAAGAAGGAAAAACGCGAAAGAACAGUUUCAAAUUGACAUAAUUUAAUAUCAUAUAUUCACUUUUGGACAUUGAAUGUUACAUGAGUAGUUUUCUGCAGAAAACUCAAUUUUCACCAAGUGUCUCAUGAUCCUCCUUUAUUCAUCUUCAUAUGCUUAAGAAUUUGUGGCAGCUUAUUAAGACAAUUGCAUUAGUAUGUGUCAGUCAAUGCAGCUAAUAAUCUAAACUGACAUGGUUUCUGUUUGGUUCACAUUUGUAUAAAUAACAAAAUUACGUAUGAAAUGUUUAAAAGAAAAACAUGAUUUAAAAUGUUUGAGGUUUCUGAUACAAAGUCAUCGUUUUUGUAUCAUAACUGAAACUGCACCUUGAAAAUGCCAUGUAGUCCUUUUAAUUAGAGGUUUACAGUAAAGAGUUGUUAUAAAUUUUGUAUAUAGCUGAUUGUUCUGACUGCCCAAGAAAAUGUAUAUAUAUUUUUACAGCCCUAUUUAUGCAAAAUGCUUUUCAUAUUCUUCUAUGCAACCUUUUUGACUUAGUGAAUGCCUUGUACAGUAGAGUGCUGAUACCCCGACAGGUUCUGACAAAAGUUAUGUUUGGGUCGGGUCGGUUCAUGUUGGCUGGGCUGUCAUCUUGAUUCUAUAACACUGCACAUGUCUGUAAUCAGGUAUAACAUCGAGCUUGGGUCGGGUUCAGACACAUUAAACAGGGUUCAGACAGAAAACCAGCACUAUUGUACAGUGAGCUGUCAUUGUAAUCAGUUCAUGCAAUGUGCCAACACAAAGAUCAAAUAAAUGUUUUUCAUGAUUUCAA